UCUUACAGGAAAUGGGAGGAUAUGUGGCAGCACGGGCCCUCCAUUUGGAGUGGUUCCAAUUUUAACAAGAACGACGGUGUUGCCAUUUUAAUCAACACCCCACAGGUGGUGGUGAAGGGGAGCACGGUGGUGGUAGGUGGGCGUGCUGUUUUAGCCAAUUGUACUUUUAUGGGGAGGGAUUUUAACGUGCUAAAUGUGUAUGGUUUUAACGAUAAACAUGACCGGUGCACACUUUUAGAAGACCUGCAGUCCCACAUGCUAGGGAGGGAUCCUCUAGUGGUGGGUGGGGAUUUUAACUGUGUUUUAAGUAGAGCAGACAGGAGAGGGGCAGGAGGGGAUUUUAAGGUGGACAGGUCAAGUGUUUUAUUGCAAGGGCUGUGCAGGGAUUUUAAACUGACUGACUGUUUUAAAACCCUGCAUCCAAGAGAGGAGGGCUUCACCUGGACCAGUGGUGACGGCACCAGAGCCUCUCGCAUUGAUUAUCUGUUUACCCGGGACUGUCCCCCAACUGAUGCUAGAAUAACCCCUGCUUUAUUCUCAGAUCACGUAAUGCUGACGUGCACCCUUUCACUAUCUUCGGGUGUGACUGUGGGAAGAGGGCCCUGGAAACUGAACUGCUCCCUUCUAGAAGAUGAUAUAGUUAGUCAGUACACGGAGCAGUUCAGCCAGUGGCAGAUGCUACAGGACUUCUUUAGAGAGAUAGGAACCCUUCUAGAAGAUGAUAUAGUUAGUCAGUACACGGAGCAGUCCAGCCAGUGGCAGACGCUACAGGACUUCUUUAGAGAGAUAGGAACCCUUCUAGAAGAUGAUAUAGUUAGUCAGUACACGGAGCAGUUCAGCCAGUGGCAGAUGCUACAGGACUUCUUUAGAGAGAUAGGAACCCUUCUAGAACAUGAUAUAGUUAGUCAGUACACGGAGCAGUUCAGCCAGUGGCAGACGCUACAGGACUUCUUUAGAGAGAUAGGAACCCUUCUAGAAGAUGAUAGAGUAGUUAGUCAGUACACGGAGCAGUCCAGCCAGUGGCAGACGCUACAGGACUUCUUUAGAGAGAUAGGAACCCUUCUAGAAGAUGAUAUAGUUAGUCAGUACACGGAGCAGUUCAGCCAGUGGCAGACGCUACAGGACUUCUUUAGAGAGAUAGGAACCCUUCUAGAAGAUGAUAGAGUAGUUAGUCAGUACACGGAGCAGUCCAGCCAGUGGCAGACGCUACAGGACUUCUUUAGAGAGAUAGGAACCCUUCUAGAAGAUGAUAGAGUAGUUAGCCAGUACACGGAGCAGUUCAGCCAGUGGCAGACGCUACAGGACUUCUUUGACACAUGAGCACAGUGGUGGGAAAUGGUGAAGGGAAGGACGAGGACAUUCUUUAGAGAGAUAGGAA